AUGAAUAUAGAUAAAGGAAUACCUCUUUUACCUCUGUUUUUGAUAGCACACUUUGGCUCUGCUCAGGGUAAUUUUGCACCGUAUUUCUAUGACAAUGGACCUCAUAGUAACAAUGGCAACAUGGCAUUUUUCAGUCUUUCAGAGGACUCGCCAAACGGAACUCAGGUAUAUGUACUAAAUGGAACAGACCCAGAAGAUCAGCCUGUAAGCUAUGGCCUUGCCUUCAAUCCAGGAUCUAAGGAAUAUUUUCAGGUUGAUCCCCAGUCUGGAGUGGUAAUUCUAAUAGAGGAACUGGACAGAGAGAUGCAAGAUGAGAUUGAGGUUCUGGUCAGUAUUUCAGAUGGAUUUAAUAAAGUUAUAGAAAAGGUGAGGGUGAUUGUGAUUGAUGCCAACGAUGAGUGCCCAAUGUUUAAGAACCUGCCAUUCAUUUUGGAUGUGCCAGAGAACACUCCAUCUGGUAGCAGUAUCUUCAAAGUUCAGGCUGUGGAUAGAGAUACAGGCUCAGGUGGAUCUGUCACCUACUUUCUACAGAGCACUGAUCCAAACACCAAGUUUGCUGUUGACCGGCACAGUGGAGUGCUGAGGAUAAAACCUGGUGAGACCCUCGACUAUGAACGAUCCCAGACACAUUUUGUCAUGGUGGUAGCAAAGGACGGAGGUGGAAAUUAUCAAGGAAGAGAACAAGUCAUGUCAUCAUCUGCUACCUUGACCAUCAAUGUCAUUGACAGUCAGGACUCGCCUCCCAUCUUUGUUGGUGCGCCGUACUAUGGUUAUGUCUAUGAGGUCUCUUCACCUGGGUCUGAAAUACUUACGGUUUCUGCGAAAGAUGGGGAUGUGGAAAAUCCUAAUUCAGUGGUUUAUUCUAUUGAAAGCGGAGCUGAUGGUGCAUUUGCCAUAAACAAAACAAGUGGCUGUAUUACUUUAGUCACUAAUCCAGAUGGUUUGCAGAAGGAAAUAUUUACUAUAAAAGUCAAGGCAUCAGAGGUUAAUUCAGAAGGAGUGUUUGUGGACUUUGCUGUCACCACUGUAACUAUUCAAGUAGAGGACCUGAACAACCACCCGCCUACAUUCUAUGGGGAAAACGGCCCACAGGACACAUUCAGGUUGACUAUGUAUGAGCAUCCACCAGAAGGAGAGAUACUGAGGGGCCUACAGAUCACAGUCAGAGACUCAGACCAGGGUGCAAAUGCAAAGUUUAAUCUAAAGCUGGUAGGCCCUGAUCAUAUGGUACGAGUUGUCCCGCAGACUGUUCUGAAUGAAGCUCAAGUCACCUUAUUAGUAGAGAACUCCUCUGCUAUAGACUAUGAGAAGUUCCAGUUUCUGACAUUUAAGCUUCUUGCACUGGAGAUUGACACCCCUGAGAGGUUCAGUGCUACCACAGAUAUAGUCAUACAUCUGCUUGACACUAAUGAUAAUGCUCCGAAAUUCUCAUCUGAUUUCUACAUUGCCAGAGUACCGGAGAACUCACCUGGUGGAUCCAAUGUUGUGUCUGUGACUGCUAAAGAUCCAGACUCUGGUUUGUGGGGUGUAGUAAAAUAUUCUAUCUAUGGUGCAGGUUCAGAUCUUUUCUUUAUCCAGUCGCAUUCGGGGAUCAUCUACACCCAGCCCUGGGCCAGUCUGGAUGCUGAAGUCAAAUCCAAGUACAAUUUCUUUGUUAAGGCUGAGGACACAGAGGGGAAAUACAGCCUUGCUGAAGUUUUUGUCACUGUUUUAGAUCUCAAUGAUCAUCCACCAGAGUUCAAUGAGAAUAUUUUAGAAAAGACCAUGCUCAUUGGUGCCCCCGUGAAAAUAGAGGCAGUGGAUGACGAUGCAGAAGAGCCCAAUAAUGUUAUUGAGUACUCCAUCAUGAAAGCAGAACCGGACAACAUCUUUGACAUCAAUGCAGACACGGGAGAGAUUAAACUGAAGCCUUACAUCAAGUCUAUGGACAUUAUACAGAACAUCACCAACCAGAAAGACUGCACAUGGUCUGUGGUGGUCCAGGCCCGAGACAGAGGCUCCCCGUCAUUCAGUACAACAACCAUCGUAAAAAUAGAUAUCACAGAAGCGACUCAGCUCAGUGGCCCUUGGCUAUCCCUUUUAAUGAAAAGUAGAGAUAAUCCACUGCAAGUCUUAGGCUUUAUUGGUGCAGCCAUUGUAACUGUGGUCGCUGUGACUGUUUUGAUCUCUGCUGCUAUGUUCAUGCGUAAUAAAAAGUCCAACAGAAUCCUGCCUUCCCGACGCAUCAUAAGAAAAAGAGCUCGGCACCGCAAGCAGUGGAACUUCCAGAACCCUUUCAAACAGCACAGCAAUGCUGAGAAUUUUACAAGGAAACCUCAAGAGACUCCAACAUCACAAAAUGUCAACUGUAACAAUAAUAGUCUCGAUGUACAUGGCUCUCCUCCAAGACCACCCAGUGCUCCCCUGCCACCUCCAUUACCAGGCUAUUCCAGGCAGAGAGAGCAACCAUGGACAGUGCCAACUGUUUCUGCAACAGUAGCAAAACCAAAAUCAAGUAGGAAAAAAGAAAACCAGGUCAACACAGCACUGGUUUCUGAGCUUAAGCUGAGACUGGAACAGAAGAGGAUGAUGAACCAGUGCUAG